GUUCGUCUUCUGCGGUCCCUGUUGCCGCUAAUGGCUCCUCGGCUGCUGCUGCUGCUGCGCCGAAGAAGGAGAAAGCAGUGAAGAACGCACGCGACCCCUUGGACAGCAGCCAAAUCAAGAAGCUGAAGUUGGCAGAGGCACUGGCUGCGCAGGCAGCCAAUGCAGCAGGUACGAGAAGGUUUUUUUUUCUUUCGUUCUUGCGAUUUCAAUGGUCAAUGUAUGCAAGUAAUUUGCGAGCUAGAGCUUAAGCUUUUUUUCGGGUGAAAUGAGGUCCAAGAUCCCUUUACAUCAGGUCUGACGAUAAAGUUCCGCAUCUACGAGACCGAUGACAACGACGAUCCCUACGGCGAGUGGGGCGACAAUUUGGUACAUUCCAUACUGUCGACGUUCCCCCCCAAGUUGCCAAAGUCGAUGACGAGAGACGAAUUUUUUGCCUGGCGCGGGAACUACGCGGAGGGGACUUUCAUCGGUCAGUUUGACCAGAACAAAGUGCCCAAGAAGAUGUUUUGGGUGGCCGACUUUGACCAAGCCGCGGGCGAGCGGUUCGUGACGGACUACAAAAAAAAGCCGAAGAUGAAGAUGGGCCGCAAGAAGAACCGCGACCCGUUCGACUUCUACGACUCUUUCAGUGAUAGCGAUUCGGGCUUUGGAGGCGGUGGGGGGUUUUUCGGGUUCGGCGGCUCGGAAGACUCGAUGGCUGCGGACGCUGCGGUCUUGGAAUACCGCACUGCUGUGAUGGUCAUAUUCCCGGCGGCUGCUGAUCGGAAGCAAACAAACGGAAACGGUGCAGGGGGGAGCAAAAGCAGUAAAAAACAGGAUGAAGGUGUGGCCAGCAAGAAAAAGCAGCCCGUCGGACAGCUUUUGCCGGCCGCGGCGUCGGGUGAAAAGAAAGAUACCACGCCAGCAGCCGAGAACGCUGACGCCGCGACCGGAACCGGGUCGAAGAAGCCGGCCGUCCCAAAGGCGAAGGCGAUGAAGGCGCAGCCGAAAGAAAAAGCAGCGGCGAAGCCGAUGAAGGCAGCACCGAAAGCGAAAGCCACCGCCAUGAAGUCUGCCGCACCGAAAGCGAAGCCGGUCAAGAAAAAGUGAAGCGUUCCUAACAAUUUGCAUGUAUUAAAAGCCACUGAAGUAGGAGCCGGAUAUUGUGUCUUGUCAGAUUUGUGGACGCCGCAGAACAAGGAGAAAGCUAGCGCCACAGAAAAAUCAAUUUCCUUCCGACUAUUACAGAUCGGGUCCUUGUCUUUCGAUGAAAAUUCGUGUAGAUCGAGCUUGCAAGUCCAAGUUCAACUGCGAUUGCGAUAAAUGCGAUGCCCUUCCUGUACCCCUGAGAACGAGCUUUUCUUUGACUUGAAAUAUGAUUCUCUAUUUGUCACAGAU